GCCGGCGGAGGGGCCGCGCUCGCUCCCGGCUGGAGCGGCCGCACGGGGACCGGGGUGACGGGCUGACCGGGGCCGGCCAUGCCGCAGCCUUGAGCGGACGCGCCUCUCCGCCCACCCCCUCGCCCCCCGCGCGCGCGGGGCGCCAGGCCACUUACCAUGGAACCCGUGACCAAGUGGAGCCCCAAACAAGUGGUGGACUGGACUCGAGGGUUGGAUGACUGCCUGCAGCCCUACGUGCACAAGUUUGAGCGGGAGAAGAUAGACGGGGAGCAGCUGCUGCGGAUUUCGCACCAGGAUCUGGAGGAGCUGGGCGUCACGCGCAUCGGGCAUCAGGAGCUGGUGUUGGAGGCUGUGGAUCUGCUCUGCGCCCUGAAUUACAGCCUUGAAACGGAUAACAUGAAGAACUUGAUCCUGAAGCUGCGAGCCUCUUCCCACAACUUACAGAACUACAUAAGUAGCCGGCGGAAGAGCCCAGCUUACGAUGGAAACACGUCCCACAAGCCCUCCAAUGACUUCCUGACAUCGGUGGUAGAGCUCAUCGGCGCUGCCAAGGCCUUGCUGGCUUGGCUGGACCGGGCUCCGUUUACAGGGAUCACCGAUUUCUCUCUCACGAAGAACAAAAUCAUUCAGCUUUGCCUGGACCUGACCACCACCGUCCAGAAGGAUUGCCUGGUAGCAGAAAUGGAGGACAAGGUUCUGACUGUAGUCAAGGUAUUGAAUGGCAUCUGUGAUAAAACCAUCCGCUCUACUACAGAUCCGGUCAUGAGCCAGUGUGCGUGCCUGGAGGAGGUUCACUUACCCAACGUGAAGCCCGGGGAAGGCCUGGGCAUGUACAUCAAAUCUACCUAUGAUGGAUUGCAUGUGAUUACCGGGACCACAGAAAACUCUCCCGCUGACAGAUCUCAGAAGAUUCACGCCGGUGAUGAAGUCAUUCAAGUUAAUCGGCAAACUGUGGUGGGCUGGCAGCUGAAGAACCUGGUGAGGAAGCUGAGGGAGAACCCCACGGGCGUGCUGCUGCUGCUGAAGAAACGGCCCACGGGCUCCUUCAACUUCACCCCCGCCCCCCUGAAGAACCUUCGGUGGAAGCCGCCCCUCGUACAGACCUCACCUCCACCCACGACCACCCAGUCCCCCGAGAGCACCAUGGACGCCUCACUGAAGAAGGAGAAGCCGGCCAUCCUGGAUCUGUAUAUCCCUCCUCCGCCUGCCGUGCCCUACUCUCCUCGGAAUGAAAAUGGGAGCUUUGUUUACAGAGGAGGCUUUAGUAAGGGAAAACAACCGUCGCCCGCGCCCAAGGGUUCGGAGUCCCCGAAUUCCUUCCUGGACCAGGAGAGCCGGAGGCGAAGAUUCACCAUCGCCGAUUCUGACCAGUUGCCGGGGUAUUCGGUGGAAUCCAGUGUUCUGCCCACGAAAAUGAGAGCCAAAACGCCAUCUUAUGGCAAGCCCCGGCCUCUGUCCAUGCCCGCCGACGGCAACUGGAUGGGGAUUGUGGACCCUUUCGCCAGACCUCGAAGUCAUGGAAGGAAAGGGGAAGACACCCUUUGCCGGUACUUCAGCAACGAGCGGAUUCCUCCCAUCGUUGAAGAAAGCCCCUCCCCCAUGUACCGGCUGGCGCGACCCACCCCCGAGCGGCACCUGGUGCGCGGGGCAGACUUCAUCCGCGGAAGCACCUGCUACAUCAACUCCGACCUCCACAGCAGCGCCACCAUUCCGUUCCAGGAGGAGGGAGCCAAAAAGAAGUCAGCCUCUGCUGCUGCCAAGUCCUCAGCAGAGCCGUCCCUGCUGGUCAGCUGGUUCACUCGCCUCAAGCUGUUGACUCACUGAGGCCCCGGGGCCUCCUGCCUGUCUCCUGCUCCCAAGUGCCUUCUUCCCACUCAACGCUGUGUUCUCCAGUGACCCUGCCUGAUUCCAUUGCUUCUUUGUUUUGGCAAAGUUGGAUACUGCCCUCGUUGGGAUUUCGGAGUAGUCGGACGGAAGUCUGGAGGGUUGUGGUGUGGAGACAGAAGGAGGGACACGCGGUCUGCUUUCCUUGUGCUCCGGGUGGAAGAUGGAGAUAGACUUUGUAAAUUGGCGGGAUGACCAGACACGUCAUGGUCAUCUUCAGGCACCAGUGGCAUUGUUCGAUGUUGUUUUCACACGCGUGUGUGUGUGUGUAUAUGUGUGUGCGUGUGUGUGUGUUGGGGGGGAACUAAAAUUGGUGGCUUUUGCUGCACAGAUGUGUUGGUUUGUGGUCCAACCUCUUUACCUGAGAAAAAUGCCAAUGGAGAAAAACAUACUUUGUUCUGAUAUUUCAGGCUGUAGACCCUAUGUGUAAGUGUGGCACCUUCGUCUUUGAGAUGACCUUGUCAAGCACCUGCUGCUCCUCGGAGCGGCGGUUGACGUGUAGAUCUGUUACACCUGCUCAGCCCCUAGGUCAGUGAAAGUGGAAGCAUAAACAGACAUGCGCACCUUCCAGUAGGGCUUAUUGUACACAAAGACAUGUAUGAUUCUUUGGGAGAGGAGUUGCUGUUGUUGUGUUAUCUGUGAUUGUCUUUAAGGGAAAAGAAGCUAUAAGAUUUGCUAAAAGCCAAAGUAUCACUCAGAAAAGUGAAGCAACAAGGCUUAGGUUUUAUAAGAGAUACAUGAGUCUGUAUUUUGAUUUGUUUGGUGUCUUCUAUUUUUACAAAGAACCUGUACUUCUCCCAAGUUGUACACAUUUUGCUCAUUAGAUUGGUUUCAGAAAGCCUCAUGGUCACUGUUUUUCAACUAGCAUCAAGUAUUUUGGAAAAAAGUGUGUCUGGAAUGUAUGAUAUUUUGUUAGAAUGGAAAAGUACUAUCUUGUUAAUUUAAGUGUUUUAAAUAUAGUUGUAUAUUUUUCUUACUCUUA